AAUAUUCCAGUAGACACUUAUACGGUCGCUCCAAUAGAGUCAUUUGCAACUACUACUACUACUGAUAAAAACAUGUAUACGUUAUACGUCUCGAAAAACGAAAUCAGUGAUAAAUGGGGACCAGUGCUUGUCGUAGUCCAAGAGAUAGUAGACCACGUUACAAUGGGAGAAACAAUUAAACGCUGUUUACUGGUUUAUGAAGAAAGACACAUUUCACCCACAGUUCUAAUUAUCUCUCUACAAGAUAGCCUGGAUUGGGGACAGUUUGAUGAAGAGGAUGAUUUCUUUCUACGAAAAAUCCAAUGUAGCUAUUGGUCCGAGAAAUGCUUGGUGUUCUUUUCUAAUCCAUUAAACAACGUCUUGUCGGUACCUUCACUGACCUCAUUUUGUCAAUUUAUAUCGAAUACGAAAAAGACCUUUUCUUCUUUUCAAGACCUGAAAACUGGAAUUAUAUCGUUGACGUGCGAA